AUGGAGAAAGGAAAGGGUGCGAUUGGAUCCUCCGGAAGAAGAUGGGCCGUUGAAUUCUCCGAUAAUUCCACUUCUCGCGAUAUUCUCGAUCCGCCCGGUUUCUCACGCGCUUCCCUCGAUCAAGACGAUUCAACUCUUAGUCGCCAGAAGAAGGAUGCUGAAUCCAGUUGGAAAUCUCAGAAAGCUUGGGAAGUUGCACAAGCUCCUUUUAAGAAUUUGUUGAUGAUGGGGUUUAUGAUGUGGAUGGCGGGUAACACUGUUCACUUGUUUAGCAUUGGGAUUACCUUCUCGGCUCUUUGGCAGCCAAUAAGUGCCUUACAAACUGUUGGAAAGAUGUUUGAACCUUACAAAGAUGCCAAAGUGGACCUUCUUGGGCCUAAGUUGUUGUUCAUUGCUCUUAAUUUGGGAGGCAUGGCACUAGGUGUUUGGAAGCUCAAUUCAUUGGGACUGCUUCCAACUCACACAUCCGAUUGGGUGUCUUCUCUAGCACCUGCUCAGGAGGUGGAAUACUCAGGUGGUGGUUUAAAUUUUUUUGGUUGA